AUGAGUAAAAAUAAAGUCAAUUAUAUCCCCAGAAUCAUCUUUGUAGGCGAUUCGGGAGUUGGAAAAACAUCGAUAAUCAACUAUGCUAAAACAGGAAAGUACGAGGCUAAUUCUGUUCCAACAAUCGGAGCAGGAACUACUACAAUGAGCUAUAGAAGCAACGGAAAAUUGAUAGAAUAUCAAUUAUGGGAUACAGCGGGACAAGAAAUUUACCGCAAUAUUGUUCCUAUUUACUUUCGUGGAGCUGUUGGAGCCAUUAUUACUUUUUCAAUGACAGAUCCAACGAGUUUUCAAAAUAUUCAAGAAUGGAUUGAUAGCUUAGUUGCACACGCUGAUCCAGACGUCAAAUACUUGCUUGUUGGUAAUAAAAUUGAUGUUCAUGAGCUCAAAGUAAGCGAAGAAGAUGUCAAAAAUUGGGCUGAAUCACGAAUAUUGAAGUGUUCUUUACUUCUGCAGUUACGGGGCAAUCCAUUGAUUUAUUAA